AUGAACAACUACCGACCCAUAUCGCUCGCUACUACCGCUGCCAAGGUGCUUGACGGUCUGUUAAAUAGCUGUCUCCUGAAACACGUAGAGGUACAUGAUGCCCAAUUCGGGUUCAAGGCGGGAGUGUCUACAGAGAGUGCCAUUCUUAGCUUGAAACACACCGUCAAGUACUACACUAAGAGGAGGACACCGGUGUACGCGUGUUUCCUCGACUUGUCGAAAGCUUUCGAUCUUGUAUCUUAUGACGUGCUGUGGGACAAGUUGAGGGGCACGGGUGUGCCGGUGGAGUACACAGCCCUCCUCAGAUACUGGUAUGCUCACCAGAUGAAUCGG